AUGGGACGCUUCCAACUCUUCAACGUCGCUGCUGCCCUGCUUUCGUUCGUUGGCAACUCGCUUGCUGGUAUCGGCCCCGUCGCCACGAUUCCCAUCGUGAACCGCAAUUUAUCGCCCGAUGGGUUCCAACGCUCGACUGUGCUUGCCGGCGGUACCUUCCCUGGACCAACAGUCACAGGGUUUAAGGGAAAUGAGUUCAAGCUCAACGUCGUAAACCAAUUGCAAGAUGUCACCAUGCUGAAGUCGACCUCAAUUCAUUGGCAUGGCUUCUUCCAGAAGCAUACCAAUUGGGCUGAUGGACCCGCCUUUGUGAAUCAGUGUCCAAUCGCUACAGGACACUCGUUUUUGUACGACUUCAAGGUUCCAGAUCAAGCUGGGACGUUCUGGUACCACUCGCAUCUCUCCACGCAAUAUUGCGACGGGUUACGGGGCGCAUUUUCUACGAUCUUCUCGAUCCGCACAGACUUUUACAGCACCAUAAUCACACUCGCGGAUUGGUACCAUGCAGUUGCCCCCACCAUUGCAGUAGGUGUCGCGGAUUCCACCCUGAUUAACGGACUCGGCCGUUAUGCAGGUGGACCGUCGUCCCCUCUUGCUGUUGUUCACGUCAUUAAGGGUCUCCGCUACCGCUUCCGCCUUGUUUCGAUUUCAUGUGAUCCGAACUUCACGUUUCAAAUCGACGGUCACAAGUUCACGAUCAUCGAAGUGGACGGCGUCAAUACGCAACCCCUUGUCGUGGAUCAAAUCCAGAUUUUCGCCGGCCAACGGUAUUCGAUUGUGAUGAAGGCGGACCAACCUAUCAACAACUACUGGAUUCGCGCGAAUCCCAACAAUGGCGCAGCGCAAGGAUUUGCCAAUGGUAUCAAUAGUGGUAUCCUUCGCUAUUUGGGCGCCUUGCCUCGUGAACCCACGACCCCGCAAGACACGCCCCAGGCACCUCUUGUAGAGGCUAACCUCGUCCCUUUGGAGAACCCUGGAGUCAUAGGACGCAAGUGCGUCGAUUGCGCGGAUGUCAAUUACAAUCUGAAACUGGACUUCAACCUGCAUGGUGACUUCAAGUUCGAUAUCAAUAACGUUACAUUCGUGCCUCCGACUGUGCCCGUGUUGCUUCAAAUCCUAAGCGGAGCGCAGACCGCCAGUCAGCUACUACCGACUGGAAGCAUUUAUCCAUUACCGAAGAACUCCAGUAUCCAGCUAUCACUUCCUGCGGGGACAACCGCUCCGAGUGCUGGCGGACCCCACCCGUUCCAUCUUCACGGGCAUAACUUUGAGGUCGUGAGAUCCGCCGGGCAAAGCACGUACAACUUCGACAAUCCUCCUCGUCGCGACGUCGUCAGCACGGGUGUUUCUGGUGACAAUGUUACGAUUCGGUUCUUCACGGACAAUGUCGGUCCUUGGUUCCUGCAUUGUCAUAUCGAUUGGCAUCUCGAGGCUGGCUUUGCGGUAGUCAUGGAUGAAGCUCAAAGCGAUGUCAAGGCACAAGUUCCGGUUCCCGCUGCCUGGGACCAGCUUUGCCCAAUCUACGAUGCACUUAACCCCACACAGAUUGGUGGCAUCAACUGA